CGGGAACAUGGCGGCUGCCUGGGAGAAUGAUGAUUACUACUCUCUGCUAAAUGUGAGGAGGCAGUUGUUGACGCAAAGACCGCCGCUGUUUCUUAGGCGACACAGGCGGAGCUGAAGUCGUCCUACCGGCGGCUGUGUAUGCUGUACCACCCCGACAAGCACAGGGACCCUGCGCUCAAGCGCCAGGCCGAGCAGCUGUUCAACCUCGUGCACCAGGCCUACGAGGUUCUCAGCGACCCCCGGUCUCGAGCCAUAUAUGACGUUUUUGGGAAGAAAGGUCUGGAGGUGGAGGGAUGGGACGUGGUGGAGAGGAACAGAACGCCCACGGAGAUCCGGGAGGAGUACGAGCGCCUGGAGAUGGAGCGGGAGGAGAGGCGGCUCCAACAGAGGACCAAUCCCAAGGGGACCAUAAGUGUGGGCAUAGAUGCCACAGACCUGUUUGAUCGUUAUGAGGAGGACUUUGAGGAGGUGUCAGGUGGUGGAUUCCCCCGUGUUGAGAUCAACAGGAUGCACAUAUCCCAGUCUAUAGAGGCCCCUUUAACCGCAGCAGACACGGCGGUGCUCUCAGGCUCUCUGACAACGCACGGUGGUAACGGCGGUGGUAAUGUCAACCUGUGUGUGCGACAUGUCACCUCCGCAUGUGGUUGGGGCGAGCUGGAGUUUGGUGCAGGAGACCUUCAAGGGCCUGUCUUUGGGAUGAAAAUGUUUCGGAAUAUCACCGCCCGCUGCUUCCUGACUGCCCACUGCAGCCUGCGGUUCACCCCCCGGGGCGCCAAGCCCGGGGCCAGUGCCACGAUGGCGCGCCACCUGGACCAGAACACCACGGGUUACCUGCAGUGGCGGUGGGGCACGCAGUCUGCCAUGACCUCCAGCAUCGUGCGAGACACCAGACACAGUCACGCCACGCUGGCCCUGCAGCUUGGUGUGCCACAUUCCUACCUGAUGAUGAGCUUUCAGUACAAAUUCCAAGACGAAGACCAGACGAAGAUCAAGGGUUCCGUCAAGACCGGCUUCUUCGGGAUGGUGAUGGAGUAUGGGGCAGAACGUCAGAUCAGCAGACACAGUGUGCUGUCGGCCACAGUCAGCGUCGGGGUUCCCCAAGGAGUCUCGCUGAAGAUCAGGCUGAACCGAGCCAGUCAGACGUACCUGCUCCCCGUCCACCUGACGGACCAGGUGUUGCCUAGCGCCAUGUUUUACGCCACCGUCGGGCCCCUUGUUAUCUAUUUCGCAGUCCAGAAGUUUAUAAUCACUCCUUACGUGCGCACCCAAAAAGAGAAGGAGCGGAAGAGACAGAGGGUCGAGUCCAAGCUGGACAUCGCCAAGAGGAGGCAGGAAGCCGAAUCUGCCGUGCUGUUGAUGCAGGAGUCUGUGCGGCGGAUCAUCGAGGCAGAGGAGUCCAGAAUGGGUCUCAUCAUCAUUAACGCCUGGUAUGGCAAGUUUGUGACGGACAGCAGCCACAAGCAGGUCAUCGACGUAACCGUGCCCUUACAGUGUCUGGUGAAGGACUCCACGCUCGUCCUCACAGAGGCGUCCAAGGCUGGUUUGCCGGGUUUCUACGAUCCGUGCGUCGGCGAGGAGAAGAGCUUGAAGCUUCUCUAUCAGUUCCGGGGCAUCGUGCACCAGGUGGUGUCUGGAGAUACCGAAGCCCUCCGGAUACCCAAGCAGUCGCACAGAGUAAACGUGGAGACAUAGGGGUGUUCCCCGGGGGCGUGGAUGGAUUCCCCUGACAUCUGCCAAGGUGCUCGGUGAAGAGAAGAGGAAAUCUGAAGAUCUGUCUGGUUCAGUUCGAUUAUGUAAUGACCCCCCCCCCCCCCCCGUGUG